GCCACACACAAGGCUGUAGCUUCUGGAACCUCCUCCCCUCCCGAUCCGUCUCCUAUAAAGCGGAGCUUGAGCUCUCCUCGCCCCCACACCACAGCUUCCGCCAUUGAUCACUGCGCACACAAGCUCACGCAUCGUCAGGAAGAGAGGUAGACAGGGGCCAAUCAAGAAGCAGAGAUGGCGGGGGAGAAGAAGGGCCUGCAGCUGCUGGACUUCUGGGUGAGCCCGUUCGGGCAGCGCUGCCGCAUCGCGCUGGCCGAGAAGGGACUCCCCUACGAGUACCUGGAGCAGGACCUGCGCAACAAGAGCGAGCUCCUGCGGCGCUCCAACCCGGUGCACAAGAAGAUCCCCGUGCUCCUCCACGGCGGCCGCCCCGUCUGCGAGUCCCUCAUCAUCGUCCAGUACAUCGACGAGGCGUUCCCGGCCGAGCCGGGGCUGCUCCCCGCCGACCCCUACGCGCGCGCGCAGGCCCGCUUCUGGGCCGACUACGUGGACAAGAAGCUCUACGACUGCGGGACCCGGCUGUUGAAGCUCAAGGGCGAGCCCCAGCAGCAGGCCCGCGCGGAGAUGCUCGAGAUCCUCCGGACGCUGGACGGCGCGCUCGGCGACGGCAAGUUCUUCGGCGGCGAGGCGUUCGGCUUCGCCGACGUCGCGCUCGCGCCGUUCACGGCGUGGUUCCUCACCUACGAGCGCCACGGGGAGUUCAGCGUGGAGAAGGAGUGCCCCAGGCUGGUGGCGUGGGCGAAGCGCUGCGGGGAGAGGGAGAGCGUCGCCAAGAACCUCCCGCCGCCGGAGAAGGUCUACGAGUUCGUCGCCGGCAUGAAGAAGAGGUUCGGUAUCGAGUAAACGUUAGUUGUUGUGGUGCGGCGUGGCUCGGUUGGGGUCUGUGUGUGUGUGGCGAUGGGAUACUAUACUUGUUUUCCUACCUGCCAGUACUGUCGGUUGGGUGUUGUUGGUGUCAAGUGUCAUUGUGUCCCGAUCUGGCGUGCAGGUGCACCGGCUGGCCCGUGUGGCCAUCCUGCACUCCAGCAAGGGAGAAAAGCUAAACAACGCUCGGUUGUUUUGAAUAAAGAAUAAAGGAUUUCCGUGGAUUUCUUGGU